GGGGCUGGGGGCUUAUAUAAAGAACCCAAGAUAGCCAUCGUUUAAGCACAGCGCAAAAACUAUUGCUCAAUAGUUUUUUGAUAGAGCUGAGGGCCCAAAGCUUUCCUUCCCUUCCUCUUCAUCUUCUUCUUCUUCUUUCUCCAAGUCGCUCAGGAAGCCAUGAUUUCUGCAGAAACCAUCAGAACUGUGGUGGGGAUCAUCGGAAAUGGCUUAUCCCUUAUUCUCUUCCUCUCCCCGCUGCCAACUUUUCGCAGGAUCUGUAAGACCAAAUCGGUGGAGCAAUUCUCUGCAGCUCCUUACUUAGCAACUCUUCUCAAUUGUAUGUUCUGGGUGGUUUACGGUCUACCGCUAGUGCACCCAAAAAGUACUCUGGUUCUGACGAUAAAUGGCACCGGCACUGCUAUUGAGCUUGUUUAUGUGGUUCUAUUCCUCGCCCAUUCGCAAGGCAAGCAACGCCGUCGCGUGCUCGGCCUACUGGCUUUGGAGAUCGCCUUCGUUGGGCUUGUCGCCGGCCUCGUGAUCGGGCUUCUGCAGACUCAUGAGCGGCGGUCGCUCGUCGUCGGUGUCAUUUGUAUCGUCUUUGGAACGAUGAUGUACGUCGCCCCCUUGGCCGUAAUGAAAUUGGUGAUACAGACAAAGAGUGUAGAAUACAUGCCAUUAUUUCUCUCUCUUGCUUCCUUCUUUAAUGGCGUUUGCUGGACUGCUUAUGCCCUUCUGCGAUUUGACCUCUUUAUCACUAUUCCAAAUAGCCUUGGAAUUUUCUUCUCGGUAGCACAACUCGUCCUGCAUAUGCUGUACUACAAAUCGACAAAGCAGCAGCUGGAGGCACGUAAAAAGACCACAGAGAUCGAUCUGACGGAGGUGGUUGUCAAGGGAGAAGCUGCACAGCAGAAUGGCCGCCAUUAAUGUUAGUUAACUAAUAAUUAAGUGUGAUUAGUGUCAUGUAAUUGUGUUUAGAUCUUUGCUUUUGAAUUCUUACUGCAGCAGCCUUCUUUCCAUGCUGCAAGGAAGCGUGUGAGGAGCUAAUCAAGCUUUAUCUUUGAUGUUUAUGAUUUUCUUAGUUUUUUAGUAUUAAGUAUUUUGAAUUUAGCAGAAAA